AUGGCGACCAGACGAGACGACGAGCCUCCUCCCACCGCCGAGCCCCCAGCUUCUUUCUUGCGCGUGCGCACCAAGCUCUGCGAGAACCUGACCCUGCCCGGCUGGGACCGAAUGCUCAUGGAGGAACAGCGCCCGCUGCUGCACCCGCCUGUCCAGCCGCACGGCGACUUUCCUGGCUCCGCCGAUUUCGCACACGCUCUUCGCAAGGAGAACGAUGCCGGCCAGCAGCUCCCCCAGACCAUCGCCCACCGUGGCUACAAGGCCAAGUUCCCCGAAAACACCAUGGGUGCAUUCGUGGGCGCGGUCGAGGUUGGGGCACACGCCAUCGAGACGGAUGUGCACCUGACGAAGGAUGGCGUCGUCGUCUUGAACCAUGACCCGUCAUUAGAACGCUGCUUCGGUGUCAAGGAGAAAGUCAUCGACUGCGACUGGGAAUACCUCUCGACACUGCGGACGCUGGCCGAACCGCACGAGCGCCUGCCCCGGCUCAGCGACUUGCUCGAGUACAUCGCCAAACCGGGCAACGAGCACGUGUGGGUGUUGUUGGACAUCAAGGCACAUCCACCACCACAGAGAGACAACGACUUGGACGACGUCAUGCGUCUCAUCUCCGAGACCAUCGCCUCGGUCCCGCCCGCGCCCUCGCGGCCAUGGAACCAGCGUAUAGUUUUGGGUAUCUGGGCGGCCAAAUACCUCCCCUUCAUCUCCACAUACCUCCCCGACUUCCCCCUCACCUACAUCUCCUUCUCCCUCCCCUGCGCCUGGUACUUCCUCACCCACGUCCCGCGCAUCUCCUUCAACCUCUACGCCCCCAUCCUCGCCGGCCCCCUCGGCGCCGCCUUCCGCCGCAGGGCCCAGGGGAGGCGCGGCAAAGGCGGCGACGGCAGCGACGACCCGCGGCCCGUCUUCGCGUGGACGGUGAACAAGGAGCGCAUGAUGCGGUGGAGCAUCCAGAAGGGGCUGGACGGCGUGGUGACGGACGACCCGAAGAGGUUCUUGGACGAGUGCGAGAGGUGGAAGGGGAAGAAGGAUGGGGAUGGGAACGGGUCGGCCGUGACGGCGGCGCCGCCGCGUGGAAGGAAGAGGUUGGAUGAGGUCGAGGGGUGGGUGUGGCGCGGGUGGGGCGUUGGCGAGGUGUUGGAUCUGUUGAGGGUGCAGCUGUUUAUUUUGGUGUUGACGCCGAUUUUGCUGUGGUGGUUGAGGCCGUGGGGCGCGGUGAGGGAGGUGGGGAAGAUGCAGAGGGGUGUGUAG